AUGAGUAUCAAAUCCUUAGUGAGCCAAAUUCAAACAUAUAAUCCGGAUGCAGAGGUUGAACUUCUUGAACGCUGCUAUCGUUUCGCCCAAGAAGCGCACGAGGGGCAACAGCGAAAAUCCGGCGAACCCUAUUUUACGCAUUGCGCCAAAACCGCUGAGAUACUCGCCGAGCUUCGACUGGAUACGCACACGAUCUGCGCCGGACUCAUGCACGAUGUCCUUGAAGAUACACGGAUCACUCGCCAAGAAAUGCAGGUGCGCUUCGGUGCCAACAUUGCGAAUCUCGUCGAAGGUGUCACAAAGAUCGGUCAGUAUAAACCCAAUGUUACCUCCCAAGCCCCAGGCAUUACAAGUACGAUUGAUCGCCGCGUCCACCGAAAACGUCAAGCGGAAACCUAUCGGAAGCUCCUGUUAGCAACAGCGGAAGACAUGCGGGUAAUCCUCAUUAAACUCGCGGAUCGACUGCAUAAUAUGGAAACACUUGGGUUUCUCUCCAGCGAGAAGUGCCAGAGCGUCGCAAAGGAAACGUUGGAAAUUUAUGCCCCGAUCGCACACCGGUUGGGGCUUUGGCGUAUCAUGGGCCGCCUUGAAGACCUGGCGUUCAAGCAUCUCUACCCAGUCGAAUACCGAAAAAUUGCCGAACUCCUAAAUCAGAAGCUCGCUGAGCGAGAGGCGUACUGUGAGAAGAUGGUUAGGCAGAUUCGACAAGAACUCGAAACGCGGGAUGUGUUUGCCGAUAUUCAUGGGAGAACGAAGCAUAUCUAUAGCAUUUACCAGAAGAUGCAGCAGAAAGGGACACCCUUCAGUGAAAUCCGAGACCUGAUCGGUCUGCGAAUCCUUGUCAAGACUGAGGCGGAUUGCUACAUCGCACUCGGCGCACUUCAUCACAAAUGGAAUUACCAUCCGGAUCGACUUCGAGAUUGGAUCGGACAGCCUAAGAAAAACGGGUACCAAUCACUUCAUACCACGAUUCUUGAUGAUGGCAAACCUGUUGAGAUCCAGAUUCGCACGUAUCAAAUGCAUAAGGUUGCUGAAGAUGGUAUUGCGGCACAUUGGAGUUAUAAGGAAGGAAUACCGACGACCAAACAGGGACGUUCCAUUUUCGCAAGUUAUAAGCAGAUACUUGAAGAUAUACAGGAGACCCAGGAUAGUCCGCAUCAUUUUGUGGAGUCCAUGAAAUUGGAACUUUUUCAAGAUGAAGUCUAUGUUUUUUCGCCGAAGGGGGAUCUUUUUACGCUGCCUGCUGGCGCGACAGCGAUCGAUUUUGCCUAUAAGAUUCAUACCGACAUAGGGCAUACAUGUGUCGGUGCGGAGGUCAAUGGUGCUGUUGCACCGAUUCGACGUGUACUUCAGAGCGGCGACCAAGUCAAUAUUCGGACACAGUCGAAUGGAAAACCGAGUCGGAGUUGGUUGUCGUAUGUCAAAACCGCAACGGCACGGAGUAAAAUCAAUCAGUGGUUCCGUGAAAAGGAUAGGGCUGAUGCAUUGGAGUUGGGCAAGAAAUUUCUCGCGGCGGAGUUACGUGUUUCCUAUCUUAAUUCCCGUGAUUAUCUUAAUUCCCCGAAACUUCUUGACAUUGCUAAACAACUUAAACUCAAAAACCUUGAAGAACUUUACGUCCGAAUUGGCAAUGGCAAUGAAUCCGCUACCCAUGUCGUCAAUUUGCUAAAACCUGAGGUGCCGAAACCGGAAACCGCACAUCCAGAAAAGAUCGAUCAACGGAAAAGAGCCGAAUCACCGUCGGCUAUCCAACUUGAAAACGAUAUAGACUUGGGUAUGAUGCGAAUCAUGAAGUGCUGCAAUCCGAUCCCUGGGGAUCCGGUCGUCGGUUAUAUCACACGCGGACGCGGGGUUUCUGUCCAUAGAGCCGAUUGUAUCCGCAUCCUUGAUGAGCCAGAACGACUCUUAGCUGUCAAAUGGAGCGAAAGGCCUCUUUCUGAGAAUGGGAAUCACCCACCUGCUGUCUACCCCAUUAAAAUUCUCGUUGAAUGCAAUGACCAACCCGGUAUGCUCGGUGAAAUCACGACUGCUAUCGCACAAUCCAAAGUGAAUAUCCGCUGUGGAAUCUUCCAACCCUCUGCCGCUCACUAUGAUGCCGAAGCCUCUGACAAUCUAACUAUAGACGUGACAGGUGCCGAGCAACUCGAUGAAGUUAUGCAAACGAUUCGGGGCUUAAAAGGUGUACAACGUGUCACCCGUCGGUCCUAA